GCAAUGUAGACGAGGGCUUCGAAAAAUGCACCUAAUUGAACAGUUAUAUAGUCAAGCCUGUUGCCUUGAAAGGAAAAAUAGUUGCAGUAUUUUUCAUGUUGCGUUAAAGCACGCAGUACGAAAUUACCUUUAGGUAUAAAUAAGACCAGACGACUAAUUUGAUUUGCAAAAAUUGCACUCCAACAACAAUGAUUUCUAUCUGCUGUUCUCGUUUUUCAUGCAUUUUAUUUUUGCUGUUCCUGAUCUUUUCCCUCGUGCUGAGCUACAUAUGGUGGAGCCCGACGAAAGGAGGAACCAAUCCGGAGGUCCUGCCGGUCGUUCUGUGGCACGGAAUGGGCGACACCUGCUGCGUACCCUUCAGCCUGGGUGCCAUUAUGAACCUGAUCGUGGAGCAAACAAAGGGCGGCUAUGUGCGAUCCCUGCAGAUCGGCGGCAAUGUUUUGAUAGACUGGCAGAGCGGCUUCUUCAUACAUCCCAACGAACAGGUGGAUUACGUUUGCAAGCAACUACUGCAGGAUGAGCACCUGGCCAAGGGAUACCACGCCAUCGGAUUCUCGCAAGGCGGCCAGUUUCUGCGUGCGGUUGCCGAACGUUGCCCGAAUCCGCCAAUGAGGAACCUUAUCACACUCGGUGGGCAGCACCAGGGCAUCUUCGGACUGCCCAUGUGCCCCACCUUAACCGAAAAGCCCUGUGAUUAUAUCACGAGGCUACUGGACAACGCCGCCUACGCACCUGAAGUGCAGAAGGCAUUGGUUCAGGCCACCUACUGGCACGACCCGAUCAUGGAGAACAAAUACCGCCUGGGCAGCACAUUUCUCGCGGACAUUAACAACGAGCUCUUCAUCAACAAGUUCUACAUUGAGAAUCUGCAAAAGCUUAAGAAAUUUGUGAUGGUGCAGUUCCUAAACGACACAAUUGUCCAGCCGAAGGAGUCCCAGUGGUUUCAAUACUACACCACUGGGCAGAACAAAGUCAUCCAGCCCUUUACUGAGAGCAAAGUCUAUCAGGAUCUGGGACUGGACAAGAUGCAUCGACAAGGACAACUUGUCUUUCUCGGCGUCGAAGGUGAUCACUUGGCCAUAUCCAAGGCCUGGUUUAUCCAGAACAUAGUGCCUCUCUUACUCGAAAAAUAAGAUGGUGCCCAAAAAGCACGUAUUGUGACAAAAAUGUUUGCAUAGGUUUAAUCCAUUCUUCCUAUUAACAUAAGCAUUUUAAUAUUAAUAAUGACUUUUUGAUACUUUUAUACAUGUUUAAUUAGAUGUUUAAUAAAUUCAGUUUGGACAUAC